AUGUUUGAAGAUGAUGAUAUAAAAAAAGAUGAUGUAGAAGAAAAUGGUAUAGAAAAAGAUGGUGUAGAUGAAGAUAGUAUAGAAAAAGAUAGUGUGGAAGAAGACGAUGUAAAAAAAGACAAUGUAGAAGAAUUAUCAUUUUGUUGA